GAACCUUCAGUGGAAUGUACCCCUGGUAUAGGAAUAGAGGUGACCGUUGGCAAAUGACAAUUGAACUCAGUGUCAACAUUUCGGUAAAGAAAAUAAUAAUUUUACAAGUCAUCAACCAUGGAAGCAAUGGAUAUUGUUAUACCUGAAAAAGAGGAGGGUAGUCCUUCUGAUGUAAAACAAGUUAUUCAAGAUCUAGACACUGAAGAUUUGUAUACAAAAUAUAAAAAACUUCAACAGCAAUUGGAGUUUCUAGGCGUGCAAGAAGAAUAUAUUAAAGAUGAACAGAGGAAUCUUAAGAAAGAGUAUUUGCACGCUCAGGAAGAGGUUAAACGUAUUCAAUCUGUACCAUUAGUUAUUGGACAAUUUUUGGAAGCAGUUGAUCAAAAUACUGGUAUUGUGGGAUCAACUACAGGUUCAAAUUACUAUGUCCGUAUUCUCUCUACAAUCGACCGCGAAUUACUAAAACCUUCUGCUAGUGUGGCACUACAUAAACAUAGUAAUGCGCUGGUAGAUGUUCUACCUCCGGAAGCAGAUUCUUCCAUAAGCAUGCUCCAAGCAGAUGAAAAACCAGAUGUCCAAUAUAGUGACAUCGGAGGCAUGGAUAUGCAGAAACAGGAAAUAAGAGAAGCUGUGGAAUUGCCUUUGACUCAUUUUGAAUUAUAUAAACAGAUAGGUAUUGACCCGCCUAGAGGUGUUCUUAUGUAUGGACCACCUGGUUGUGGAAAAACGAUGUUAGCAAAGGCUGUAGCUCAUCAUACUACAGCUGCUUUCAUCCGUGUAGUUGGUUCUGAAUUCGUCCAAAAAUACUUGGGAGAAGGUCCACGUAUGGUACGAGACGUGUUUCGUUUAGCCAAAGAAAACUCUCCAGCAAUAAUUUUCAUUGAUGAAAUCGAUGCAAUUGCGACUAAACGUUUUGAUGCCCAAACAGGCGCCGAUCGUGAAGUUCAGAGGAUUUUGCUCGAGUUACUCAAUCAAAUGGAUGGUUUCGAUCAAACAACAAAUGUAAAGGUUAUAAUGGCAACUAACCGAGCUGAUACUUUAGAUCCUGCUCUGUUGAGACCAGGUCGUCUGGAUAGGAAAAUAGAAUUCCCAUUGCCAGAUAGACGACAGAAGAGAUUGAUUUUCAGCACUAUAACAUCAAAAAUGAAUUUGUCCGAAGAGGUAGAUUUAGAAGACUACGUAGCUCGACCAGACAGAAUAUCUGGUGCAGAUAUUAAUGCCAUCUGCCAGGAAGCUGGUAUGCACGCUGUUAGGGAAAAUCGUUAUAUUGUUUUGCCAAAAGAUUUUGAGAAGGGUUAUAAGAACAACAUUAAGAAGGAUGAAAGUGAACAUGAAUUUUACAAAUAGAUUAUUUAUGUUUUUUAUGAAUUCUCAAUCUAAUAAAACUUAAUUAAAUAUUUUACAUAUCAAA